AUGAACGCAAUGACGGACACGGAGGUGGUGCAGUACGUGCUCCAGAACAAGAGUAACUACUAUAAAGUGCUCAUGGUAGGAACAGAUGCCACCGAGGCGCAGAUCAAGGUAGCCUACAAGAAGAUGGCACUCAAGUGUCACCCAGACAAGAACAAGCACAAACAAGCAGCUGACGCGUUCAAGCUGGUUGGCACGGCGCACACGACGUUGUCGGAUGCCACCAAGCGCAGUAUCUACGACCGGCACGGUGCGGAGGGCGUACAGCGGCACGAGAGCGGUGGUGUGCGUCGGUCCGCGAACGGUGCGGGUGUGUACCGCCACCGUCCAGCCGGGCAGCGUGACUUCUUCGAGGAGUUCUUCUUUGGCAACGGCUACCAUACGAACGGUCAUGGUGUGCACCCCGGGGCCGGUGGGGCUCGAUACCAAGCUGAGGUGAACAUCAAUCCCAAUGCACUGCUAUUUGUGCCCAUUGUUGUUUUUCUACUCGUAGCAAUGCUCCUGUCGAGCUCCUACACCGACGUCGAUGCAUCGAACCCGCUGUUCGGCGGCGGUCUCCGUGGCGCUGGCAUGGUUGGCACUUCUUUUAGCUUCACGGCCUCACAGAACGAGGGCUUCAUUGUGCAGCGCACGACUUCCCUGUACGGGUUGCGCGUGCCGUACUACACGACGCCCCGCAUGUCGGAAGUGAUGGACCGGCGAAAGGAGGUGUACAUGUCGAUGGAGCAGAAGGUGCUGGAGACUUGGCGGGACUCUUUAGGCCGUCGCUGCGAGGCGGAGUCGCUCAAGUAUCGCUCGCGUGGCCGCAACGAGGUGCCGCCAGUGUGCGGCGACUAUCAGCACUUUCGUCGAGCACUUGGUUGA